CUCAAUUUUUUAGAGUGAUAAUCUAUUCUUCUUCUUAUUCAUCUUCUUUCUUAUUUUUGUUUCUAUCUCUCUCUAUCUCUACCUUUGCUUCGUUCUCUAUCUCUUAUUACAUAUUUUAUUUUCCUUUAACAAAUGAGUUUUCAACCAGAUGAUAUUGCCGAGUCGAUAUUGAGACACAAAGAAAACAAUGGAGUGAUUGAAGAAUACAACAUCAAAUGGUUAGGAUACGAUGUCGAUGCCUCUACUUGGGAAUCUGCUCAUGUGAUUGAAACAGAUUUUCCCGCUUUAGCUUACAAAUAUAAAAACAAAGUAAUCCAGGAGAAAAAGCAGUUACAAUCCAUAGAAAAUGCCAUAAGGAAUGAAGAAAAAAAAGAAACGGAAGAUUUUGAUUCUGAAGAUUAUAUGGACUUUAUUGAAAAUAUCACGGACUGGGAAACCGAAGUAGACCACAUUGCAUCCGUAGAAAGAGCUCAAUAUGCAGGAUUAGUUGUCUACAUUGUGUGGAAGAAUGGAAAAAAGACUAUUCAUCAUUCUACCGAAGUCUAUGCAAAAUGUCCUGAAAGGAUGUUAGACUUUUAUGAAUCUAAGAUCAUUAGAGCAAAGGUCACUCAAAAGGACCUUGAGAAAACAAAACGCAAUUUCAGAAAUAAUGGAUCUAGAAGGAAGUAACCAGGUAACUGUUCAACUGUAACAUACGAUAUAUCUUGCGAUGAAACAAAUAGGUACUCAGACACGAGUAGAAUAUUACGAUAGAUACACCUUCUUAUUCUUCUUCUUCUUUCUCUCUUUCUUCUUUACCCUUUUAUAUAUAUAUACUUUUUAUUAUUAUUAUAUCGGCACAAGUAUCCAUGAAAGACAGCAAACUAUAAUUGUUUAGAAACGAACCUACUCCCCUCUUCUUUUCUUAUUUUUUGGACACUCUAUCUUUGUUGUAUAAAACAAAAGAAAAGAAGAAAAUUACACCAUAUUAAAUGCAUACAUAUUUAUAUAUU